AUGGGCCGCGGGGGCUGCCGGGACGGGCCGCUGCUGCACGCGGCUCCCGGCGGCCCCCGCGGCCCCGCCACGCCCCCGCCACACGUGGGCACCCGCGGGAACCGGGACAGCGGGGGGGCGGGGCCUCGGCAGGGGGGCGGGGCCGCGGCAGUCCGGCGGCGGGUGCCCGCCGUGCUGCUCGCCCGCGGCAUGGAGCCCCCGACCGGCACCGAGAGCUCCCGCCUGGUCAGCCCGCGGGGCAGCCGCGCCGACGGCAGCCUGCGCCUCAAGAGGUACCGCCAGCACCGGCACCCCAUCGCCCGGCACUUCCAUCACCCCCAUCACCGCCACCCCCGGCACCCCAUAACCCCGGCACUGGUAGAACCACCUCCCAGUGCCCCAGGCAACCCCGACACCACCACCUCCAUCACUCCCUGCACCUGCAUUGAUCCCACGCACCCGCACAGCCCGCACUGGGCUCCCACAUCACUCCCGGCAUCUCCAUCACCCCCCAUCGUCCCGCAUGCCCUCACCCCCGGCUCUAUCCCCUCCGGCAGCGCCAGGUCCCAUCCCCCGGGCCCGCAAGCUCCCGGCACGUCCCGCAGUGCCCACCUCCCCCAGUCCUCGGCAUCCCCUGGCACCAGUACCCGCCAGCACGUCUGUACCCCCCACCCCCGCGCCUUCAUCCGACACAGACAUCAGCACCUCCGCAGACCCCGAGCCAGCCCCGACCGUCCGUGCACUGGCACCUUCACCCCAGACACCGGCACCUCCGUUCAAGCGGAACCUGUGCGCCGGCCCCGUUCCCCCCUCGGGUGUCCGUCUGGCUGGUACCGGCGCCCAAGCGUCACCCACCCACACCGGUACCGUCCAUCCGCCCUCCCGCACUGCUGCUCCAUGCAUCAACGCCCCAGCCCCGGUCCCUCGCCCACCUCUCCCGCACGCCGGCCCCCGCCUCCGCCGCCCGCUUCCCACGCCUCACGUCCCGCGCUAGUGCCCCGUCCAGCAGCCCGGCCCCAGACCCAACACCUCGGUCCCACCGUCACCUCCGCCGCAGGCGCCCGCUCCCGCACCGGCCACGCCACCCUCCACCCCCGACUGGGCUCCCCGCGGCUCCGCCGUGCAGCCGGUGCGCUGGGGACGGCCCCGGCUCCUCCGGCAGCUCCGCGGCUGCUCGUCCCGACGGGCGCGCCCGGCUUCUUCGUACACUGCCAGCGCCCCGGCCGCGAACCCCGGUGCGGCAGCGGGAGACGCCGGUCGCGAGGCUCCGAGGGGCACGCGACGGGCCCCGCUCCGGGGCCGGUGCGGCCGGCAGUGACCCCCGCCCCCAGUCUGUUUGCAGGCUCCCAGGACCCCCUGGCACCGCCGGGACCCCCAGCUCCAGCUCCCCACUGCUGCUGCAGCCCCCGUGCCCCCAGCCCGGGUCGGGGCAGGCUCCAGGCCUGCCGGCAGCUGAGUGUUGCCUGCACUGUCUGCUGCAUCUUCAUGAUCGGGGAGGUGAUAGGUGGGUAUCUGGCACACAGCCUGGCCAUCAUGACAGAUGCGGCCCACCUGCUGACAGACAUAGGCAGCAUGUCCGUCAGCCUCUUCUCCCUCUGGGUCUCCACUCACCCACCCACCAAGACUAUGAGCUUCGGCUGGCACCGCUCAGAAACACUGGGUGCACUGGCCUCUGUCCUCUCCAUAUGGGUCAUGACCGGGGCCCUUGUCUACCUGGCAGCUGCCCGCAUCAUCAGCAAUGACUACGAGAUCGAGGCACGAGCCAUGCUGGCUACAUCUGCCAGCGCCGUUGGCGUCAACCUGGUCAUGGCCUACAUCCUGCACCAGUCUCCCGUCAGCCAUGGCCACAGCCACAGCACAGAGGGCUAUGAGCAGCUGGAGAGCACCGGGGGCUGCCUGCCCAGCCAUGCCCCCCUACCUGGAAGCACCAGUGUCCGUGCAGCCUUCGUUCAUGUGGUGGGUGACCUACUGCAGAGCAUCAGUGUCCUUGUGGCUGCCACCAUCAUCUACUUCAAGCCCCAGUACAAGAUUGCAGACCCCAUCAGCACCCUCUUCUUCUCAGUCUUUGUCCUUGGCUCCACCUUCACCAUCCUCAGGGAUGUCUUUAGAGUCCUCAUGGAAGGGACACCACGGGGCCUCGAGUUCGAUGCAGUGAAGGAGAUGCUGCUGGCGGUGAAUGGGGUCAAGGGUGUCCAUGACCUGCAUCUCUGGGCCCUGACGCUGAGCCACCACGCCAUGUCGGUACACGUGGCUGUUGACACCAGCGCUGACCUCGAGACGGUGCUGCACGAAGCCACCACCCAGCUGCAGAGCAAGUUCGGUUUUGCAUCAUGCACGGUGCAAGUGGAGCGGUACCAGGAGGAGAUGGUGGGCUGCCAGCACUGCCAGGACCCCUGCGCCUGACACCUUUGUGCCCGAGACCCCUGCCUGCUGCAGCACUGGGUCAGGCCUGGCCACAACCCCACACCCCAGGAGCUGUCCCUGGAGCACGGGGUACAGCACUCGGGCUCCUGUCCUUGUGUUGCACCCUCAGAGCCCUGGGGUGGGACAGUGUCCCCAUGUGUAGUGUCCCAGGGGAGACACACAGCCUGGCCCCCAGCAGCACAGGGGCUCCCCCAGGAUCCUCCAGCCCCAGCUGUGCUGGGAGCAGCUCCAAAGGAGGAGGAGGAGUAUCCUGCUCCAUCACAUGUCCCCCCUGGAGCCCUGCUUUACCCGUCAGGAGCAAGGGCAGGUAGGGACAUCCCCUGGGGGAGCAGUGGAAGCCAGAUCUGGCUCUGACUCCACUCCGCCAGCGCCACAGGGGCUGCCCCACCGCCCCCCUGACCCUGGGUUUGCUGGUACCCAGGCUGCAGGGGAGCCAGGGGAGCUGCUGCUGGUGUGUAGGGUGAGGGCAGCCCUGGCCUUGCUCCCUGCCUCCUAGCCAAGGCUGGGCCAGAUGCUGCCAUGCCUUGGCCUGAUCUUUCCCCGCCGUUGUGAUUCUGUGUCUGUCGCACCUGUCAGUGUGUGUGUGUGUCUGUCUCUCUGUCCAUCUCUUUGUGCAGAGUCCAGCGGGCGGUGGCAGAGUCCACAGCCACCAAUAAACUUGUUGGAGAGC